AUGGUGAGGUUGUCGAUUCUGUAUAAGGAAGCAUACCACGAAAUCCGUGCUUUUCAGAAACCUUCAUUUGUCGUGGUGGACGCAGCUGUGGGGGUUAAAGAGGAAACUGCUCGCAAGUUAUGUCAUCACGAAAAGAAGUUUGCGCUUCUUCCUUAUUACGAAAUGCUCAACAGGGAAUUGGAUACUCGUUUGGAGCACAUAAAGCAUGGUCUUGUCAUAUCGAUACUUACAAAUGAGCAGCAUCCUGCUCUCCGCAACUUCAUAUGUGCUCUGAAAUCGUAA